CUUCCUGUGCUCCCAGCAAAGCCCUGGAGAGGAGCAAGAACCAGCGCUCAGCAUCUGGCUGAUUUUCAAGUGCACGCGGAGCAGCGCUUCAGGCAGCCUUGGGUCGGAACAAGCCCGCUCAGACUUAAGCAAAUGCAGAGGCCAGCACGCGUCACCGACGGCGGGCCCGGGGCGGGGCCGGCCCCACACGCUGAGAGGCAAGGAGGCCGAGAGGCCGCGGGUUAGGAAAUGUGACCUCGGCGACCCCGAACGCCUCCACCUCCCUCGCUCGCUGCUCCACCUGCCCACGGAGUGCGCCGAGCCGCUGGCGGAGGCGAUGGCUAGCCCUGCGCCCUUAGUGGCCUGUAUCAGCCACCAAAUGGUGGCUCUGCAGACCCUGCAGCUGCUGCAGCAGGAGUGGGGCUGGGGGGACGGUCCGGGCGCCCCCGGGAGCUUGCGGGACCCGGACCACGUGUCCGCCGCCCCAGCGUGUCGCUCAGGCCCGCGGCGGGCCAGGCCCGGGCGCGAGGAGGGGGGCGGGGACAAGGGGGCCAGGAAUGCGGGGUCGGGGACUUGGGGGAGCUUCCCCGAGGUGGAAGAGGUGCGAGGCGCCGAAGGGGGCGCGGAGCUGCUGCCCUUCCCCCGGGGCCGCGGGCCCUGCAGCCUGGCCCGGAUGGCGAUGCGCAGCGCGCUGGCCCGCGUGGUGGACUCGACCUCGGAGCUGGUCAGCGUGGAGCAGACGCUGCUGGGCCCCCUCCAGCAGGAGCGGUCCUUCCCCAUCCACCUGAAGGAUAGUGUUGAGUUUAGAAACAUCUGCAGUCAUCUGGCUCUACAGAUUGAAGGACAGCAGUUUGACAGAGAUUUGAAUGCUGCCCACCAGUGUUUGAAGACAAUAGUCAAGAAGCUGAUUCAGUCACUUGCUAAUCUUCCUUCAGAUGCCCACGUGGUAGCCUGUGCUUCCUUGAGACAGAUCUUACAGAAUCUCCCAGACAUAUGAGUGUUCAAGACACCGUAAUUAAAACCACAGCUGGCACUGCUCAGUGAACCGGGUACCUUUCCUUCCUAACUGAAUCAGCAGACAGUGGAUGUUUUUAUUCCCAGUAAGGACAGGCUUGAUAGCAUAUAUAGCAGUCUGACCAGUGACAUCUGUACUCUUCAGAAUUAUAACAUAUUGGGGAAAAUUUUUUAAAGCAAUAGUUCACAUUUGUAAGUAUGUUGACAUAUUUGCUGACUUUUUGAUUGAAAUAUAUUCCACGUUGUGGAAUUGUUGGAUUAUAUAUGUAUAUAUAUUUAUUAAUUUGUAUUAAGUAUUAAUUUUAAUCAAAUGAUACCUUAAUCUAUAUUCAUAUUAAUGUAGGCCUAUGAGGUUUAAUAUGGGCAUAUAUGAUUAAAGCUCCAUGUUUCUUAAAAUUAUCUUGAAUAAAUGGGAUAUUUGAUAAUUGAUAUGUUUUACUUACUGAGUGGUUCGUUUUAUGUUAUGAGAAUGAUCUUUAGAGGUUGUGGGACCACAUGUGUCAGUAAUUAUGAGUUCCAGUUCUGGCAUUAAUAACUUACUGAUGGGCAGAAGAAGAGCUGCUGCUAAAUCUUGUGCUUUCAUAUACUGAUUUGUAAAUUUAAAAUGAUAAUGAGCUCUGAAGUACCAAGGACAUAUGAUAUGUAAAUACAAGGACAGUAUUAUUAAAGUCACAUGGAAACAUCUAGUUCUUCUUACUGUUUCUAAAUCUUCCCAUUGAAGUAGGAAAUUCUUGUGAAAAAAAGGAAGGAAUGGAUAUACUGGCAGGUUUCCCUAAACAUUUAGAGCUAGGCAAAGAUAGAGUGACUUUUUUUGUAACAACGAUCUGCAUACGCUUAGGAAAAACUAAAUUUCCUAUUGUUUAAUGAUAACUAUGUUGAGAACCAAAGUUAAUUGAAAUGCUGCUUUUUCCUUAGAAUUUUAAUAGAAACAGCCUCAGAUUUAGAAAAAAACGAGUACAAUGUAUACAUGCAGCUUGUUUUCUAAAGGAAUUAUAAACUGGGUCUAUGUGGUGAGAGUCUAUACCAUUAAAAAAUAAAGUGUUAAUAUUAAUCAAAGCAUUUUUAAUCCCACAUACUCUAAUCUUAGUUGGUUCCAAAUAUUUUCUUAUAGAAUCUGAGAAUUAAAGGUAAAUAUAUUGCUUCUCUUUAGAUGUAGCUGGCUGUUUCCCUAGACAAGAAUUAAAUUUAUGAGACUGAAUUAUAAAUGAAAGAUGAAGGGCAUGUGUUUGUGUGUAUGCAUGUGUGUGUGUGCAAGGACGGGGUGGGCCGGAAAGGAAGAGCAUUCAUUUCUUGGGAACAAUCUUUGGCACAAUCUUUGGGUCACUCCUAGGAAACAUUGUAUUCUGGGGGUAUAACUGUAUUUUAUAGUGAAGUCUUUCUUUCCCCAGGGAAAUUAUCCCAGCACUCUUCUCGAAAGACCUAUCAGUAUUUAUAGGCUGCCUUCCCCAUUGUAAUCAAUAGCUCUCAAUAAAUAUUGCUAUUAAAGUGUUUUUCACUCUGACCUGUAAGAAGUAUUGAACAUUUUUGCUUUUCUCUCUAUGCUUAUGCUUUUUCCUCACUUUGCAAUGUUUUUCCCAUAGACCAAUUAAAACCCUAUUCAUCCUUGAAGGCUUGAUUGACCCACCACCCCAUCCAUGAACUGUCCCAGAUCAUCCUAGUAGGACACGGGCUCUUCCUCCUCUGAACUUCAAUAAAACACAUUUUGUGUGACUGCACUGGCAUUUAUCACAUACCAUCUUAUAACAUGGCUAUUGGUAUACCUGCCAUCAAGAUCAGAUGGCUGAGGGCAGAGAUUAUUCUAGACAUCUUUCUAUAUUGCAUAGCAGCCACAGUUCUAAAAGUUCUUUGAUCCUACUAGAACUUCCAUGGCCCCUAUCACUUUUUCACCCCUACCCCUUGGAUUCUUACUUCUGUGGCUUACAUUCUAUGGUCAAUCUCUAUAACCGUUUGGUUGUGCGUGCCACUGGUUCCCUUCUCCUUUUUCCUUUGGUUGAAUGCUGCUGGCAAAACUUCAUUUCUGGUCAAAACCAACUCUCUGCCUACUCCACAUCUGCACAUGAGUUCUGCAUGUGGCUUGGGAAAAACACACAGCCGUGCCAAUCUCACUUCAAUUCAUGGCUCCCAAUUUCAAGGGGCCCUCGCGUUCUCCAUUAGUGCUACU